GCGCCUAUAUCCGGGACACAAUAUUUCGGGCAGGGUAUGAUAUUGAAUCACGAAUCAAAAUGGAAACAUCCACCGGCCAGAUUCUCCGAAAAUUGUUCACAGCUCUUGGUUUUAACUUGCAUCCCAGUUCAUUUAGAUCUCAAGUAAGGACUUUGGUCAAAGUUUUGAUCAUGAUCUUAGCAGAUGAUUUUACUGCUGCUAUUGAAGCAGAUCGAAGCAAAGUCUCUGAGUUUACCAAGAUGCCUCCAUCUGAAUGCUGUCACGGACUUAGUAGACCAACCCUACCAGCUCACGAUACAUUUUCAUUGGCAUCAUAUAGGAAAUAUACCGUUCCUAUUGACAGAGUUUACUCACUCAUGGGAGUUCUCGGUGUAAAGUUUUUAGCUUUCCAUGCAGAAGGUCCGACUAAAGCACUUUGUUGGCUGCUUGAUGAGGUCGUCAUUACUACUAAUGAUGUCUCAAUCUUUAAUUGGGCAGGUAAAGAUCUCGGAAUCCCAAUCAGAGGGAGAUCUCUAUAUCCAUCAAGUUUGACUGCCUUUAGCCCAGAAAAGAAGGGGACUUAUUUUACUACGAUAAAUGGUGAAUUGGCAGUCGCAUCCAAGGAAAAGAGACAUAUAUUGCAAGAUACAGCGUCUAAGAUUACUUUGUUGUUGCUUCAAAGCAUUAACUUUAUCAAAAAGACAGCUCAUCCAGAUACUCCAACCAAUUUGCUCCAAACUAUUCUCAACUUCAUCAAGAAAGUCGGCUUCAAAAACCUCAGGCCUCAAUUGCUCCACCUUGGGAAGCUAAUGGUAUACCUCGAGAAUACUCAAGGCCUCGAGAAGUACAAACCAAAGAUUGGCUAUAAAAUUGAGGAGGAAAAGGCUAAAAGAGCACUCAUUCGUGAAGAAAAGCCAAAAUUUCAAAACAAUGGAAACAUCACUUCGAGGUUUGGGUUUAAAAGACCUCAAAAGCCCCAAAUACCACAUAUACCACAAAUGCCACAGAUGCCACAUAUUUCCGCACCAAAGCUCAGUUUAGGACUCGGAGGUUUUGGCAAAAAGACAAGGGAAUCACAGCCGCCUAUGAAAGAGAGUGUAGAUACUUCACCAGUACUUCACGUCGACCCAGAACUUUCAGUGAGAGAUUCUCAGACGGAAGAAGAACCAAAAAGUUUGAUUGAUGAGGUUAAUCAUUGGAUAUUUGAAGAUCAAGAUAUCAAAAACAUUCCUGAAUAAUUUCAAUCACUCUUUGAUGAGAUCAAAGCUUCUAAAUUGAAUGGUUCUCAUAUGAGGAAAUGUCAAAAGCCACAGAAAUUCCAAGAACUUCUGGUACUGGAGGUGUCUUUGAUAUCCAGAGAGUCAUAAUCGAGAUGGAAAAUCCUGAACA